AUGUUAAGAGCUAAAGUACCGCAGUUAUUUACAGCUAGAGCUGCUAGCAGAUCAUUAGCCACUCAAGCUAGUGGAAUAUACGAAGUUCCCCAAGAAUAUCAAUCAAGAACUCCACCUUAUUCCAAAUUGAUUUCUAAAUUGGAUGCAGUGAGAAAAAUUCUUGGAAAUGACCAACCAUUAACAUUAGCAGAAAAGAUUUUAUAUUCACAUUUGGUAGACCCUGAAGAAAGCCUUGCUUCAAGUAAUGGUAAAGUUUCCAAUAUCAGAGGAUUACAAUAUUUGAAAUUGAAUCCUGACAGAGUAGCCAUGCAAGAUGCUUCCGCUCAAAUGGCUCUUUUACAAUUCAUGACUUGUGGAAUGAGUUCCACUGCUGUUCCUGCUUCUAUUCAUUGUGAUCAUUUAAUUGUCGGUAAAGACGGUGCUGAACAAGAUUUAGUAAAAUCAGUCGCUACCAAUAAGGAAGUGUUUGAUUUCUUGCAAAGUUGUGGGGAAAAGUAUGGUAUUCAAUUUUGGGGCCCAGGCUCAGGUAUUAUUCAUCAAAUUGUCUUGGAAAACUUCUCUGUUCCAGGGUUAAUGAUGUUGGGUACUGAUUCCCAUACUCCUAAUGCCGGUGGGUUAGGUGCUAUUGCCAUUGGUGUAGGUGGUGCCGAUGCGGUUGAUGCAUUAACUGGAACUCCAUGGGAAUUGAAAGCUCCAAAGAUUUUGGGGGUUAAAUUGACUGGUCAAUUAUCUGGUUGGAGUUCUCCAAAGGAUGUUAUCACUAAAUUAGCUGGUUUAUUAACCGUCAGAGGUGGUACUGGUUACAUUGUUGAAUAUUUUGGUGAAGGUGUCAAGACCUUGUCAUGUACUGGUAUGGCUACCAUUUGUAAUAUGGGUGCCGAAAUUGGUGCCACCACUUCUACUUUCCCAUAUCAAGAAGCCCACAAGAGAUAUUUGAUUGAAACCAAGAGAGGUCCAAUUGCCCAAGCUGCUGAUUCAGUCAAUAACAGCUACGGUUUCUUACAAGCCGAUAAGGGUGCUGAAUAUGAUAAAGUUGUUGAAAUCAACCUUUCUGAAUUGGAACCUCAUGUUAAUGGUCCAUUCACUCCAGAUUUGUCUACUCCAAUUUCUAAAUUUGGAGAAACUGCCAAGAAGGAAGGAUGGCCUGAACAAGUUUCUGCUGGUUUAAUUGGGUCUUGUACCAAUUCUUCUUAUCAAGAUAUGUCUCGUGCUGUUUCCAUCAUCAAGCAAGCCGAAGCUGCUGGUUUAAAACCAAAGAUCCCAUUCUUUGUUACUCCAGGUUCUGAACAAAUCAGAGCUACUAUUGAAAGAGAUGGAUUAAUUGACACAUUUGAAAAGAAUGGUGCUAUUGUCUUGGCCAAUGCCUGUGGUCCAUGUAUUGGUCAAUGGGAUAGAACCGACGUUCCAAAGACUUCUACUGAAACCAAUGCCAUUUUCACUUCAUUCAACAGAAAUUUCAGAGCCAGAAACGAUGGUAACAGAAACACCAUGAACUUUUUAACUUCCCCAGAUAUGGUCACUGCCAUGAUUUACUCUGGUGACAUGAAUUAUAAUCCAAUCACCGAUUCGAUUAAGUUGGAAAAUGGUGAACUGUUUAAAUUCCAACCACCACAAGGUGAAGAUUUGCCAUCCCAUGGAUUCAUUAGAGGAAGAGAAGAAUUCUACCCUGAAGCCAAUCCUCAACCAAAGCCAGAAGUUCAAGUCAAUGUUUCUCCUGAAUCCGACAGAUUACAAUUAUUAGAUCCAUUCAAGCCAUGGUCAGGUGAAGAAUUAUCAACUAAUGUGUUGUUAAAGGUUGAAGGUAAAUGUACCACUGAUCAUAUUUCCGCUGCUGGUGCCUGGUUGAAAUACAAGGGUCAUUUAGAAAACAUCUCUUAUAACACCUUGAUUGGUGCCGUCAAUAAAGAAACUGGAGAAGUGAACAAAGCAUAUGAUUUGAAUGGCGAUGCCUAUGGUAUUCCUGAAUUAAUGAUCAAAUGGAAGGAAGAAGGUCGUCCUUGGAUUGUCGUUGCUGAACAUAACUAUGGUGAAGGUUCUGCUAGAGAACAUGCUGCAUUAUCCCCAAGAUUCUUGGGUGGUUCAAUAAUCUUGGUUAAAUCAUUUGCCAGAAUUCAUGAAACUAACUUGAAGAAACAAGGUAUGUUACCAUUAACAUUUGCUGAUGAAGCUGAUUAUGACCGUAUCUCCAGUGGUGAUUUGAUAACAACAAUUGACUUGGCAGAUAUGAUUGCUAAAGAAGGCAACAAUGGUGGGAACUUACGGGUUAAGGUGACCAAGAAGGAUGGAACUUCGUUUGAAAUUUUAACUAAACACACCAUGUCUAAAGAUCAAGUUGAAUUUUUCAAGGCUGGUUCUGCCAUUAAUUACAUUGGUAACUUGAAGAAGCAAAGUAACUAG